AUGCCGCGGCCGGGGAAGAGCUCGUACAGCGACCAAAAGCCGCCCUACUCGUACAUCUCGCUGACCGCCAUGGCCAUCCAGCACUCGGCCGAGAAGAUGCUGCCGCUGAGCGACAUCUACAAGUUCAUCAUGGAGCGCUUCCCCUACUACCGCGAGCACACGCAGCGUUGGCAGAACAGCCUGCGCCACAACCUCUCCUUCAACGACUGCUUCAUCAAGAUCCCGCGGCGGCCGGACCAGCCGGGCAAGGGCAGCUUCUGGGCGCUGCAUCCCGACUGCGGCGACAUGUUCGAGAACGGCAGCUUCCUGCGGCGCCGAAAGCGCUUCAAGGUGCUGCGCGCGGAGCACACUCACCUGCACGCGGGCGGCACCAAGGGCGCGCCCGGCGCCGGGCCCGGAGGGCACCUGCACCCGCACCACCCGCACCACCCGCACAACCAC